AUCUACCAGAACCCGGAAGGGCGCUGGCUCGUCGGGACGAAAGCUCCAAGAUGAGCAUUUCAAGCCGUAUACCACCCUUGGCCAUGUCAUAGGUUCUCGCUCAGGACGUGGCGUAUUGGGAAGUGCGGACGCAGAGAUAAAUGGCAUUCCUCCUUCAGGACACCGACUCCCUCCCUCCUCCCUUCAUCCUUUAUCACUCUUAGCAAAUAUCCUGCACUCGUAUCUGAAAAGAAUAUUACCUGCAUCUUGACAAUUGUCAAUCGCAGCCUGCUUCUCCAACUGCCAGAUUGCCUGGCCCCCAGGGGACACCAGCCCCCACGAAGCGUUCCUCUGCCUCGGGUCUUGUUCCCUGACUCCACCAAUACACGCCCACGAAGCCACCCUCCCAUCCCGCACUCAUCCCACGUCUGAAAGCAUGGCGCCGUCUGCCAUGGUUCAAGACGAGAUUGAGCCCCUGCAGCUGCCCUAUGCUGGGGUCUCAAAGAUCAGUGCGUCCGUCUUACAUGGACCAAGGGACCUGCGAUUGGAGUCCAGAACACUCAACGAGCCGGCCCUGGGCGAACUACAGGUAGCCCUGCGGUCCACGGGUAUAUGUGGCUCAGAUGUGUCUUACUAUAAGAAAUUUGCCAAUGGCGAUCUCUGUGCCUGCCAGCCACUCUCGCUGGGCCAUGAGUCCUCCGGGGUCGUGGUAGCCGUCGGCCCCCAGGUGAGUGGCUUUGCAGUGGGAGACCGCGUGGCCUUGGAGGUUGGCGUCCCCUGUGGACAGUGCUCGACAUGCCGCAAGGGGCGAUAUAACCUCUGUAAGAAGAUGAGGUUCAGGAGCAGCGCGAAGUCUUUCCCCCACUUCCAGGGCACGCUUCAGGAUAGGAUUAACCACCCGGCGAUAUGGUGUCACAAGCUUCCUGAAAACGUCUCAUUCGACGCAGCUGCUCUCCUCGAGCCGCUGUCCGUCGCCAUCCACGCCAGAAACCGCGCGCAACCCGAGACCGGCUCCACAGCCCUGGUGCUCGGCGCCGGCACAGUAGGCCUUCUCACUGCAGCCAUGGCCCGGCAGUCAGGGUGCACGACAGUCACUGUCUGCGACGUGGACCAGGGCCGUGUCGACUACGCCCUCGAAAAGGGGUUCGCGACCCACGGGUACGCCGUGCCGCGCACCCUCCAUGCCUCCAGCGGCUCCUCCGUGUCCGGGGCGUCGACCCCGGGCGGCAGCGUGGCGGACGGCGCGGUGACGCCCGCCAGCAGCAUCUUCUCGACGCUGGACGGCAGGCUCGAGGGCGCCAGGGCCACAGCGGCGGACAUCAUCGCCACCACUUUCAGGUCCUCCUCGCCGUCGCCGUCGCUGGCCGAGGACGAGGCCGAGGACGACGGCUUCGACGUCACAUUCGAGUGCACGGGUAAGGAGGUAUGCAUGCACACGGCCCUGUACGCAACGCGGCCCGGCGGCAAGGUGAUCAUGGUCGGCAUGGGGACGCCGAUCCAGACGCUCCCCAUGUCGGUGGCGCACCUGCGCGAGGUGGACAUCCUCGGCAUCUUCCGCUACGCCAACACGUACGCCACGGGCAUCCGCAUGUUGUGCGCCCAGAAGAGGGGCGGCGCCUUCGGGCUGCCCAGUCUGGACGACAUGGUCACACACCGGUUCAAGGGGCUUGAGAAUGCGAGGCAGGCGUUUGAGCUGGCUGGGCGGACGGUGGAUGACGAGGGGAGGAUGGUUUUGAAGGUGGUUGUUGAGGCGUGAUUCCAUUUGAUGUUUGGGGGUUCACAUGUUGUUGUCUCCUUUAUGUCUCCCUUGGAGAUGGGCUCACCUUUACUCAGUGCCACCACAAACUAAUAGGAGCGAAACAGUGGCCGGGGCUUCUGUGCAUCAGAGAUGUCUUCUGGUAGCGUCUGCUUAGAUCUUAGAACAUGUCUUAUUUCUUGGUACGUCUGACGUAAAAACCUGACAAUUACAUGAGGUAAAUAUACCGGAAAAUCGCUUCAUGGUAGAUUUGUUCUCAUUUCUACCUGUACUAUGCAAGUUCGGGGCUGGAUUGAAUGUGUUGAACAUGGCCUGCUUUUACCGACAAUUAGAAUGUACAGAGGUACAUGUGUGAUUUUGGUGUUCUCCUCUUCCUACGAAGCCAAACAUGGUCAACUUCGCUGCAGCGAUUAUGUACCGCAAAGCAGAUACACCUGGUCGGGAGAUUUAUGUCUUUGUCCGAUCUUCCUAUUUAAGACAAGCAUGGACAUUUUUCUCCGAAUAUUCUGAUUAAUCCACCAGGAGAACCAAGAGUGCAAGAAGUUCCCAGUCGAUAUAUCCUGUCAC